GUUGCUUUAAGUGACGCGAUGGUGCCACGAUGGGAAAGAGUAUAAAUGGGAAGAUACGCCGUCAGAUGCCCACCCUGACAUCUCACUUGAAAGAGCCCGACCGCUCUGUUCUUCACACCCGCCCGAUUGAUCGAUCGAUUCUUCUUUGAGCCCGUUUGUUCCUCGGCGCCCUCGGACGACUCUUUGCCAGAGAAUGAUCUCUCUGCUCGUGCAGCUGGCCAUUUGCUUUGCCAUCGCCAAUACUCUGAAGUGCUGUAAAGGUGACCUUGACGACGUGACAAACUGGAAGGUUACUGAUAGUUGCACCAGGGUGUCCUGUGCCAAUGGUGUAGACAAAUGCUUCAUCACUAAAACAGUGUCUGGCAACCCAGCUGAAGUCUCCUACACCAUGGGCUGCAUGCCAGCAGCUCAGUUAGGUGACUGUAAAGAUGCAGGCACUCAUUGCUGUGAUGAUGCUGAUGGCUGCAACUGGCUCCACCUGGGCGAGGACAAGGAGGCGUGCCAAAGCCAAGUCACUGCAGCCAAGACUGAAUGCCAAGGCAAGAACGCCAACAUCCAUGGCUGCAUGGCCAAGGUUACCGAAGCGAGGAUGUGCAACCAAGCUCGCCACUGCCAUACAUGUGCUAACCUUGAUGCGGCCUACUUCGACACCUGGAACUUUGCUGGCACGUGUCCCCUUUCCCAAUGUGGAAGUGGACAGAGAUGCUUCAUCACUAAAACACCCGGCAACAAGGUCUCCUACCAGAUGGGCUGCAAGGCCGUUGGUCACGAUGACGCAAACACUAAGUACUGUGACACUGAUGGCUGCAACAACGGGCUCGACGUGGGUGCGGUCAGGAAUGCAUGCCAAGCCAAGGUCAACGCAGCCAAGAGCACAUGCAACAAUGUAUAUGAUGUUCUCCAUGGCUGCAUGGCCAAGGUCAUCUCAGCCAGGGCGUGCAACCAAGGUGUGUGGGGGAUGCGUGGUGGUUUGGGCCUGCCUUUGAUGAUUGCCAUCAGCAUGAUUGUGUUGGUGAUACUUCAGUGAUACUGGGCUAACACCCCCAUGCAGCCUAUCCUUCUUUUUCCUCUUUCACCCUGUAAACCAUAAA